AUGAAGCGCAUCUUCUCCUGCUCCAGCUCUCAAGUGUCGGUGGAGAAAUGGAACCGCCGUGACCAGAAGCUACUGGAGGCAGUGCAGCGGGGGGACGUGGGACGCGUGGCUGCCCUGGCCUCCAGGAAGUCAGCCCGUCCCACCAAGCUAGACUCGCACGGCCAGUCCCCGUUUCAUCUGGCCGCCUCCAAAGGCCUGACAGAGUGUCUGACUAUACUCCUCGCAAAUGGGGCCGACAUCAACAGCAAGAAUGAGGAUGGAAGCACCGCCCUGCACUUGGCCACCAUCUCCUGCCAACCACAGUGUGUCAAGGUCUUGUUGCAGCAUGGUGCCAAUGAAGAUGCUGUGGAUGCAGAAAACCGUAGUCCAUUGCACUGGGCAGCCUCCUCUGGCUGCGCUUCCAGCGUACUCCUGCUGUGUGACCACGAAGCCUUCCUGGACGUCCUGGAUAAUGAUGGACGGACGCCCCUGAUGAUCGCAUCUUUGGGUGGUCAUGCGGCGAUCUGCUCCCAGCUGCUGCAGAGAGGUGCCCGAGUUAAUGUCACAGACAAGGAUGACAAAUCAGCUCUGAUCCUGGCUUGUGAGAAAGGCAGCGCUGAAGUGGCUGGGCUGCUCCUGAGCCAUGGAGCAGAUGCAGGGGCCGUGGACAGCACGGGCCAUGAUGCCUUGCAUUAUGCUCAGGGCAAGCAGGACCCGGCGCUGUGGAAGCUGCUACAGCAGGCCAUGAGCCGGAGGCGACGGGGAGGCCAGGGACUAGUUCAACAUCCAGAUCUUGCAUCGCAGGCAUCUCCACCCGAGCCCCAGGUGGGCUCUCCACCUAAGAACCAGUGGAGAGCAGAGCCGGAGGAGGAGCAGGAAGAGGAGGAGGAUGAAGAGCCAUGUUCAGAGGAGUGGAAGUGGAAGUAUGAUGAGGAGAAGAGGAAAGUUUCUCAGUUGGAGCGGGAGUUGAUGCGAAAGACAGAAGAGUGUAUGGCUCAGGCUGCAGCCUAUCUGGGCCUGGAGAACCAGAUUCGCGAGCAGGUGCAGGAGCUGGGCCUUCUCUUGUCCCGAGAACCCAGCGCUCCAGGAGGCCAAGGCUCUCGGCUCCGGCCUGGAGGGGAUGGCAUGGAGCAGGGGCGUCCCCUAGACCUGCUGGCUGAACACAUACAAAAGCUAAAAAAGCAACAACAGGCAGCCUCAGGAAACUCAACAUCAAUCCCCAGGAAGGCCCAGGAUGCAGUCACAGGAGAAAUCCAGCACGAAGCCCAUGCAAGGUCUCAACAAGAACAGGAGCUACUGCAAAGCCUGAAGGGUGAGACCACUGGGAAGGCCACAGGACAGCAAGUAACCGCCAGUGGGGGUGAGUCCCUGGAUCCUGAUCAUGUUGGCCAACUGUGUGCUGACCAAGAGAGACCCCAGACCCCAGGAGCUGAACCAGGAAGUACAGUGGCCGAACCAGUGGGCCCAGCAGCCAUGGAUCAGCUCCUGCUGCAACUACGGGAGGAGCUGGCAGCAGUGUGGCGAGAAAAGGAUGCUGCCCGUGGGGCUUUAACCAGGCCAGUCCUGGAAGGAGCCCUGGGGACACCGCGGGCUGAGGCUGCAGCAGCUGCCUGGGAGAAGAUGGAGGCCAGGUUGGAACAGGUGCUUGUGAGGCUGGAUAGAGCAAAGGCCGGACUGCAGGUGAAGCCCCAGGCCCCUGCCCAGAAGCCCAGAGAGGGAGCCCCAAAGGCAACGUCAGGAACCAUCACCAAAGAGGAUGAAAAGGAGGGGAAAGCCCCUGGGGCCCGGGGUGAGCCUCUAGGAGCUCCUGGAGGGGAGUAUGUUUCAGGAAGGGCUCUGCCAAAGGGACAGCUGGAGAAGGAGGUGUCCGCGCUGAGACUUAACAACAGUAAUUUGCUGGAGGAAUUGGGGGAGCUGGGACGCGAGCGUCAGCGGUUGCAGGGGGAGCUGCAGUCCCUGAGCCAAAGGUUACAGGGGGAGUUCGUGCCCAAACCAGAGGCGCAGGUCCAGCUGCAACAGCUGCGGAGGAGUGUGGGGCUGCUGACGGAAGAGCUGGCCAUGGAGAAGGAAGCCACCGAGAAGUUGCGGAAGCGCCUGGCCUCGCAGAGCAGUGGCCUCCGAGGGCUGUGGGACUGCCUGCCCCCAGACCUCGUGGGCAAGGGGAGUGCCGGGGGCACAGCCGCCGAGCGCCUGGAGGAGCUGCGGGCCUGCAUCAGCGUGCUCGUGGACCGGCACCGCGAGGCCCAGAAGUUGCUGGCUCGCCUGGAGGAGGAAAACCAGCAGUUACGGGGCACCCCGGCCCUCCGCAGGGAGUCAGAGACCUCCUCAGCAGUCUCAGCAUCCCCUCAAGUGGCCGCUCUGGAGCAAGACCUGGGGAAGCUGGAGGAGGAGCUGCGAGCCGUUCAGGCGACGAUGAGCGGGAAGAGCCAGGAGAUCGGGAAGCUGAAGCAGCUGCUGUACCAAGCCACCGAGGAAGUGGCGGAACUGAGGGCGCGCGAGGCGGCCAGCCUGCGGCAGCACGAAAAAACUCGGGGCUCCCUGGUGGCCCAGGCCCAGGCUUGGGGCCAGGAGCUGAAGGCCCUGCUGGAGAAGUAUAACACGGCCUGCCGAGAAAUGGCCCGGCUCCGGGAGGCCGUGGCGGACGAGCGCCGCAAGAGCGGGGACCUGGCUGCGCGCGCGGCGGAGCAGGAGCGCCAGGCCGGCGAGAUGCGCGGGCGCUCCGAGCAGUUUGAGAAGAACGCGGAGCUGCUGAAGGAGAAGAUGGAGCAUCUCAUCGAGGCUUGCCGGGACAAGGAGACCAAGAUCAAGGAACUGUUAAAGAAGCUGGAACAGCUUUCGGAGGAGGUUCUAGCAGUUCGGGGAGAAAAUACUCGCCUUGCUCUACAGCUGCAGGAUUCCCAGAAGAACCAUGAAGAGAUCAUCUCCACUUACAGGAAUCAUUUGCUGAAUGCUGCCCGGGGCUAUAUGGAACAGGAUGUGUACAAUAUCUUAUUGCGAAUCCUCAGCAUGCAGGAGGAGUAAGGCAGCCUGGGCCCUGGGAUAUACAGAAUUUCUCUGUUG